AUGUCAUUUUUCAAAAAUUUACCAAAGGUAGAGGUUGGAGAUGACUGUGAGGGCGGAACAUCUGAUGAAGAAAAAGAUAUUGCUUGCUCAUCCUCACCAUCCUCUGAUCAACCACAAGAAGAACAAAGUAAAAAGCCAUUAAUCAUCUCAAUUCUUACAGUUUUAAUUUCAAUUCCAGCUUUAGUUGGAGCUUCCGUCACAUUUGCCCACGCCAUUACUUAUGCCAUUACAUUAGCUAUUUUAUCCAAUUUAGCUCAAUACCAUUACCACAAAUGUCAAUCUAGACCAAGAGAAAAAGGCCAUUGGCACAAAUAUGGACCAUUUUAUCUUACUUUAUUGGCUGUUCCUUUAGCAACUUUUGAUAUUCUAAGACAUAUUUUAGUAGAUAACCAACUUUGGACUGUACAUUCAUUUGUUUCACCAGCAGCAUAUAGACCAGGUUGCACACACGAAAAUAUUAGAUGCCUUUCAGUCAUGGGUUGGUUUUCAGCAAUUAUUUUCACAUAUACAGGUUAUGCCCUUUUAUUAACUGGUACAAUUUGGUGUGCUGAACUCCACAUAAAGAUCAAAAAGUUAUGGCAACAACUCCGUCCAAAAAAGAAAUAAACUACGGCUUACAUUCAAUUAAUAUUUUAGAUAAUAGUUAAUAAUAAUAAUACAAUUCAACUACAAAAUUAGAAACUGAUUAUUUAAUGUUUGGAUAAUUGAGAUAUUUUAAAUUUAUGAUUUUCUAUUUAAAUUUAGGUAAUGGUAAAUUUUUAUAGAUAUCAAUAAAAUUUAAUUUAUCAAUAUUAUUAUUCAAAAAAAAGAGGUUGUAAUGACAUUUAUCGGUUAAAACUAUCCCAGUCACCCAUAAAUUGAUAAACCUUUUUGAUUUUCAAGUUUUUUUUUUUAUUAAAGUUGUCUUUUUAUUUUUAUCUACUUUCAAAAACAAAAACAAUAAAAAAUAUUAAUUGCAUUUUUUUAUAUUUUAAUUUUCAU